CAUUGACUCUCAGACCGCAUCCAUCGCAUCUUUUCUAAGUAAAUUGUGUCGACCGCAGAUAUCCAAUCAUGAGACAAUGUGCGUUUUCAUGGGACAAAAUACGAUAGGAACAAUGAAGAAACCAAUUGAACUCGCUGGAAUGUCAGCACAGUCAACCUAAGCUUGCUGAGGACACACAUACCGAUUGCGUGUGGCAUUUACAACAUUCGCAGCAUUCCAGUGAAUCCUGGACCCAUCCGUCAGCAAUUACACCUUUGUCGUGUGCGCUCUAGCCCAGGCAACAAUUAUGUAGGUACAGUAGUCCCGACCGCAACCUACGGUAGGCUCGCCAUGUACAACGGCUGCAAUUGAUGGAAGAUUUGGGAUUUUCAAUGAGGCUUUGCCCCUGUCUCGGUCGGCCCACAGUGACGCAUCCCUAUCCGAUGUUGGGUCUCUCUGUCUAAUUCUUGGCAAUGACUGUUUCCAGCUGGAGACUCUCAAUUCUGUUUUCAAACACGACACAUCAGCGUAGAAGACAAUCAUACCUCACAGCAUCUCCAACAUGGUCCGCGGAACAGUUCUGAUUACGGGUGGCACGGGCUACAUUGGCUCGUUCACCUCGCUCGCGCUACUCGAGAAUGACUACGAUGUCGUAAUCGUCGAUAACCUCUAUAACUCCUCUGCCGUUGCCAUCGACCGCAUCGAGCUUAUCUGCGGCAAGCGACCCGCCUUCCACAAUGUCGACAUAACCGACGAGGCCGCGCUCGACAAGGUCUUCGAUGCGCAUCCCGAGAUUGACAGCGUCAUCCACUUUGCCGCCCUCAAGGCCGUCGGCGAGUCGGGCGAGAUCCCGCUCGAGUACUACCGCGUCAAUGUUGGUGGCAGCAUUUCGCUCCUGCGCUCCAUGCAAAAGCACAACGUAUGCAACAUUGUCUUCUCGUCUUCGGCCACCGUCUACGGUGACGCGACCCGCGUGCCGAACAUGAUCCCGAUCCCGGAGCACUGCCCAAUCGGCCCGACCAACACAUACGGCCGGACAAAGUCGACGAUCGAGGAUGUCAUCUCGGACCAUGUCAACGCCCAGCGCAACAACCUGAAGAAGGCAGAUAAGCCAUUCGACAUGUGGAACGGCGCUUUGCUGCGCUACUUCAACCCAUGCGGUGCACACCCCAGCGGUCUGAUGGGUGAGGACCCUCAGGGGGUGCCUUUCAAUCUCCUGCCGCUGCUCGGUCAGGUUGCGACUGGCCAGAGGGAGAAGCUUCUCGUUUUCGGUGAUGACUACUCAUCCCGCGACGGCACCGCCAUCCGAGACUACAUCCACGUCCUCGACCUUGCCAAAGGCCACCUCGCAGCUCUCAACUACCUCCGAGACAACAAGCCUGGUGUCAAGGCAUGGAACCUGGGUUCCGGUCGCGGCAGCACCGUCUUUGAGAUGAUCAAGGCCUUUAGCUCUGUCGUGGGUCGUGACCUGCCGUAUGAGGUCGUGCCUCGCCGCCAGGGUGACGUGCUGGACCUCACGGCCAACCCGGCGCUUGCCAACAAGGAGCUCGGUUGGAAGACGGAGCUCCGUAUGGAGGAUGCGUGCCAGGACCUGUGGAAAUGGGUCAAGAACAACCCCCAGGGCUACAGGCAGGAUCCUCCCCAGGAGUUUGUUGCAGCGCUCAAGAAGUGAGAGGUAGACGGGAAGCUUUGUUGGUUGGACUUGGCCAUGUCUAAUGCUUGCAGCCAUAAUUAUCGCAUAGCGCAGAAUCAAUCAAUGUGGAAGGUUAGGUAGAAGUUUGGGGGAAACGCCUAUCAAUUUCUAUCAAAACUAAUAUAUACCAUAUCCGGGCGAUAAUGCCUCUUUUUUAAUCACACCCGUCCUAUCAUAGCUCGUUCCGGCAUCGGCGUUCCUCUCGUACGUAUUUACCAGUUCAUCACCGCGACUCUAAAAGACAGUCGAUAAUUAAUUGGUUGGUUCUUA